AUGCCUAAUGCUAUUGCCUGGCGCACCGUAUGCACCGAGCUUAAGGACACCGACGUCCUUAUUAUCAUCGAGUGCCUAAAGGCCUUCAAGAUUGGCAAAAGUCAAGCUAUCUUUUGCACACUAUGUGCUGUUCCAACUCCGCAUUUAAUCUGCUACAAGAUUCUGAAUUGCCGCUGCACUCUAGCGAUACCACCGCACAGCCACAACCUCACGCCAGCCCAGAAGGACUUCACCAAACAGAUAGGUAUGGAGGCAGCACGUAUUCACACGGCGAUGCUGUUGCACUUCGGCUUGCGACCUAGCCAGCUUCCGGCUCUCCAAAAGGUGCAGAAUGUCGUGUGUUACUACCGCCGCACCAAGCUAGGGGGUAAUGAUACAACAGCCGCCAUCGUGGAAGCAGUCCAGAGACUAGCGUUCAAUGGAGGUGAGGAGGAGCACGAUCCAUUUACAUUUGGCUGGGAUGUAGAUAGAGAAGGCAAACUCGUUGUCGGCAAUGGAUCCGACGAAAAAUCGUUUCUUGUUGGGUUUUCAACGAAGGCGCUGCUUCACCAAGCUUCCCGAGAUCCAAGUACGGUUAUUUUUCAUGUGGACGCUACUUACAAGACCAACCAGCAGCAGGAAUGUCACUACGCUAAGGCAUUUGCUGCAAUACGCUGGAUCUACAGCAAAGUGCUGGGCGAGCAGUUUCGUGUUGCCUACGAAAUGGGGACGCUGAUGCUGCCCCGUACAAUACUAUUGCUAUAA